AAAUGUCGCCUAGUUUUGUUAUCAUGCAAAGAGAGUUGUCUCAGUAUUUUCGUCAAACACCUUGUCAUCACCUUUAACUCAUCCAUGAAAGCUUCACUGAAUCUCCGUUUAAAAGGAGAAUCAAGAGAAGACAUUUCUGGGUUUUUCAAUUCAGUUCUCAAACUCAAAUGGGUCGUAGGAAAUUCGACGCAGAACUCGGCCGUUGUGCGUUUCUCCUGAUUCUCUUGAUGUUUCUCGUCUCUUGUUUAAUGGUGUACGGAUGGCUCUCUUUGAUGUUUCGACCCAGUGCCAGUUCUUUGGUUGAAAAUGGUGGAUUGGGCAGAGAAGAGUUAGCAAUUGAAAAUGGUGGAUUGGACGGAGAAGAUGGAGAAUGCUGUAGAUGGAUUGAACAUUUGGAACUUUGGGGUGAUGCUGUGAAAGGUGGUUCGGAUUUCAGAUUCAAUUCUCCGAAAAAAUGUUGCGAUGCUUGCAAAAAGAUGUGUGAUGGUAAGGAUGGGCCGUGUCCGUGUGAUUCUUGGGUCUUUUGUGGGGAUAAGGAACGUUGUGGACAGAAAUAUGGCGAGUGCUGGUUGAAGAAACAGAAGGAUACUUUGGCCCCUGAUCGGAAAGACUCAGGGAAAGAAGUUAUUUGGACUUCUGGGCUUUUCUUCGGAAAAGAAGAGGGUAUUGUUGGCUUGGAAACAGACUAUGGAGUUCUUCAUGUAAAACUUUUCCCUGAUUGUGCUCCUUUUUCUGUUUCCUAUAUUCUUGAGCUGUUGGCAACACCUUAUUGUCCGGGUUGCCAGUUUUAUCGUGCUGAAAGCCGGGGGAGCUUUUGGGAUUCAGAGGGAAACCACAUAGAAAAUGCUCCAUUUGGCCCUCCUUUUGCAUUGAUUCAAGGUACACUUGAAUCCCAUGGGACCGUAUUCGAGAAAAUCCCAGCAGAAGACUGCCCCACCAUAAGGAGAGGAUCAAUUGCAUGGGUUGGUUCUGGCCCGGAAUUCUUUAUCAGCCUAGCUAACCAUUACGAGUGGAAAAAAGCGUAUACUGUAUUUGGUUCUGUUCUUCCAGAAGACAUUGAAAUUGCAGAGAAAAUCGCACAGCUUCCGACAACAGCAGACCAAUGGAGUAAUGUUAAAGUGUCUGUGUUGGAGAAACCUGUUCCGCUACGAUUUAGAAGAAACACGACAAGUUCUGGAAACCUGAAAUUCAAUGCUCACAGAUUCAAGUAGUGAUAGUUGACGGGUAUCUCUCGUUCCACUCGUACUGUUGUAGUUUUUCCUGCCCUUUCUAGAGAAAUUUACGUAGUUCUUUUAGUCAGACGACGUCCUAGUUACAUUUCUGUUACUUAGGAGGAUCUGUAAAUAUAUAUAUAUAGUAAUCAUUGACUCGCUUGUCGAUCUUCAUUGAGAAAAUAAAUAGACAGAAUAAUUUUAGUUC